AAGCCUUUGUCUCGGUUGCUUGCUGUUAAUAUGCUUAAGUUCGCGACUUAUUUUUCGUUGGCAUUCCUUAUAUUGGGUCUCUAUGGAUCCGAGGCAGAAGUUAAGGGUGAAGGCAGAUCUGUAUGCCUACUUCACGACCCACCAAAUCAGUGUGGAGAAUUCUGCCUGGAGGCUCUAAAACCAAUGCUCGAUCACAUAGCUUUCCACCAGAAGGAGUGGAUCGCCUGCGGAACCCAAAAUGAGACCCAGGCGAAGUUGGAUAAAAUCGAGGAUUACCUACUCAAACUUCAGGAAUCUCUGGAGAAAAAGGAGGCUACCUGGAAAACUGUAAUUGAUCGACUUGAGAAGCAAUUGACGGACCUGCAGGAAACACAGUCAAAAGCAAAGAGUUCUGUUUUAUCUCCCCUGUUCCAACGGAUUGGGGAACGAUUAUUUUACAUUGAAAGAGCAAUUCGUCGGACCUGGAAUGAAGCUGAAGAAUCCUGCCGGAUGAUGGGCGGUCACCUUGCGAGUAUCCAACAUGAUGUGGAACUAAAUGCUAUUGUCGAAAAGCUGGAGAGGAGUACUAGCUACUGGCUGGGUGCCACCGACGUCGUCAAGGAGGGGGAAUUUGUCUCGGUCGCCUCUGGGAAACCCACAUCCUUUUUCAAGUGGAAGAGCGGUCAACCCAACAACUUACAUGGCAAUGAUCACUGUGUGGAUAUCUAUAAUGGCUAUAUGUACGACAGCGAAUGUAGUGAAUCCGAAUUUUAUAUUUGCGAGGCGUUGGAAUCAGUAAAAUAAUAAUAUAUUUUGAAUUAAUUAGGAUUCGGUAAUAAGCUGGAAAGCCUGGUAUUAUAUUUAAAGUGGAAAUUAAUAAAACAACGUAACAAAAACUAUAUGAGCGAAAUUGUUGCUAAGCCUGUCCUAACAAGAAUUUAAUGAAUUUGUCGUAUCUCAUUGAGCAAGCACGAAAAAAAAACACAACACAUUAAAUUU